AUGCCACUGAACCCAAUUCUAGAGGUUGAGAUCUUUGAUGUAUGGGGAAUAGACUUCAUGGGACCUUUCAAACCCUCCUCAAACGGGCACAACUACAUUUUGGUUGCGUGGACUAUGUGUCCAAAUGGAUUGAAGCCAUCCCCUGCCCAGCCUGUGAUGCUAAGGUUGUUAUCAAACUGUUCAGAACCAUCAUCUUUCCAAGAUAUGGCAUCCCAAGGGUUGUUAUUUCGGAUGGAGGUUCCCAUUUCAUCAACAAGGUCUCCUUUCAAUUUGCUGUAUGGGAAGGAUUGCCACUUACCUGUGGAGGUCGAAUACAAGGCUUUAUGGGCAGUAAAGAUGCUGAACUUUGACAUAAAGGCAGCACAAGAAAGGAGGGUAAUGAACUUGUUUGAGUUGGAGGAAAUCAGAAUGAAUGCCUAUGAGAACUCCAUGAUCUACAAGAUGAGAACCAAGGCAGCCCACGACAAACUGAUUCGCCUUAAAGACUUCAAGGUUGGGGACAGUGUGCUCUUGUAUAACUCCAAGCUAAGGUUGUUUCCCGGGAAUUGA